GCUCUAGAGGUUCCAUGUGCCGCUCACUGAGGCUGCCCUGUAAGAUGGUUCUACACCCCCUUUUAAGAAUUCUUGGACAAUUUCACCUUGCCGUCCAUGAGCUUUCAAUGAUGGCGAUCUAUUUUCCUUCCACACCAUCGCGUCCCGUAGAUUUGUUAUCCUCAGACCCUGGUCAAUUGUUACAUCGCCUCGGUCACCACCGCCCAACCAACAUGAUUCGUGUACUGGAGCCAACAGCACCGCUUUUCGCCAUCCUUGACUCAUCAGUGGAGGUCAGCAAAAUCUUCGGGCUUCCGACCGACAACACUUGACCCCUCCGUCAAACACACAACGCCGUUGACAAUCGACAUGGAGGACUACGAUGUUAUCGAGCACAGCGACACAGCAUUGGGCCCUGAAGUCGUGGCUCGGAUACGCGACUGGCUCCAGCCAACCGACUACACAGCCGAAUCGGGCGAAUAUUAUCGUCACCUGUCGUCUCAAGCACCCGGCACAGGCCUGUGGCUUUGCCAAACAGACGAGUAUAAAAAAUGGCACGGCUCACCAGAUCAUGGCAGCUUAUGGAUCAAGGGCGUUCCGGGAACAGGGAAAUCUGUCAUGGCAGCGAGCAUCAUCGGGCAUCUAGAGACGACAGAGAACUGCCCGGUACUCUUCUUCUUUUUCCGAAACAUUGUUGCUGCCAACUAUUCUCCUCGCGCUCUUCUCCAAGAUUGGCUUGCGCAACUUUUGCCCUUCUCUCCCAAGCUUCAGCUCGCACUCCAAUCACAGCUGAAUACUGACCUGGCAAUCAUCUCCAACAAUGAUCUUUUUGACCAUUUCCUCAGCGGAAUAUCCUGCGUCCCAAGACUCUAUUGUGUUGCUGAUGCCCUGGAUGAGAUGAACACGGACAGCAGGCCAUUCCUCGACAAGUUCAACCGCCUCGCCACGCACCGCCCAGGCUCCUUGAAGCUUCUCCUGACAAGUAGACCAAAGCAGUAUCUCCAGAGCGCGUUGCGAGACACCUCGAUUGUGCACAUUAGUCUGCAACGGCAUCUGGUGGAUGUUGACAUUGUUUCAUAUCUCAAUUGUCGGCUUGAAAAGCUCUCCACAAUAAACAAUGCUGUGGAAAAGAACCAGCUUGUUGACUUGGUGGCUAAAAGGUCGGGGGGAUUGUUUCUUUAUGCCAAGUUGACCAUGGACCAGAUGGAAGAGGCUCUGUCUAGGCAGGACCAAGUCGACAUUUGUGCUCUGGAAGCAUCACUCCCCAUUGGAUUGGAGGAAACAUACGCCAACUUGUUGCAGAAACAUCGUCAGGAGAGCCAGGUCGACCUCGAGUUCCAGGUUUUUGUCUUGGAAACUAUCACCCAUGCGUCCCGUCCAUUGCGACUAACUGAGCUCGCCAACCUCGCCGGAUGUCUGAGCACCAUUAAUGAGCCUUUGACACACUGGAAACAGCUCAUUAGUACCUGCUGUGGGCCACUUAUUCAGGUGUUGGAAAGCGAGACUCUCCAAGUUAUCCACCACUCCUUCACCGAGUUUCUGAGAGGUGACGGCCGAAAUAGCCCAAGUGGAACUGAGCCUUCUUCGGCCUUUCCAGUCAUUAACUCAACAAUUGCCCACAAGAACGUGGCUCUUCGAUGCUUGGGGUAUGUUCAAUCGCUUCCACUCCCAAGCGUAAAACAACGCAGGUCAUACCGCGAGCAAUCUGACGAUCGCCGAAAUGUCUGUUUACUCCAUCCAUUCUUCGAUUAUGCUAUGGAGAACUGGGUGUAUCACGCGAGCCGAUAUGAUGCGAGAGACCACGGCUUUUUUCACACCAUUUUGUGCUUUCUGACGCCCGAUAACCUGGCCUUUCGGCAGUGGACAGUGCCUCCGUGGUAUUUGGACACCGGCAACCCCUCUGAAGGGAUUCCCAUUGCUUUACAUGUCGCAGCACAUGCUGGGAUGUACGAGUUCUGCCUUUGGCUCAUAAAUGAACAAAAGAUGUCUGUUUCGUCAAUCGCCAGCGACCGUCGAACGCCAUUGCACAGGGCGGCAGAAAAAGGUCACGGCAAGGUUGCCUCACUCCUAAUCCAAUACGGCAGCGAUCCGAACCCUGAAGAUAUAUACGGAUUAAAGCCUAUUCACCUGGCAGCACGUUAUAACCACGCUGAUGUGGUCUCGACUUUGCUUCAAGCCGGGGUUGAGCCUGACACACCAACAACGAACGAGGAUGAUGAAAACCCCGACUACUAUGACGCUGGAAGAGAUUUGCGAGAAAACAGGCCAGGCGAAUGUGCAAUCUAUUAUGCAAGUCGAUAUGGCCAUCUGGAGACACUGGAGGCGCUGAUUCCCUAUUGCGCGCCGUCUGCGUUGGAGAAGAUGCUCUGCGAAUGUUGUCGUUUCGAUCGUACUGAGGCUGCGGCUGCAGUCUUGGCACACUUGUCUAUUCCAGUGGAUGCUUCGUACAGUGGAGCAACUGCACUCUACUUUGCGUGUGGGAAUACCAAUACCGACUUGGUCCAAGCCCUUAUUGAUCAUGGUGCCGAUUCCAAGGCCCUAUCAGUAUUGGCAUCACUCGCAACAGACUACGGCGGGCCGGCGGUAGAGGAGGUCUAUGAAGACACGGAUGAAGGAACGGAACUCGUAUUCCAGUCCUAUUGGUAUCUAGAUGCGAAGCAAGCCCCUUUGCAUCGCUUGGUGCAGAGUUGGAACUACAAUAAUGAUGCAGCUUGUCAGGUCAUCCUUCGAAUUCUUUUGGAUGCAGGCGCUGAUAUGGAACAGCUAAACGGCGACGGAGUAACUGCAUUACUUUUGGCAGCGUCAUUCUCGUGUAGCUUUCCAUUCGGUUCAUGGACAGCACCGUGCGUGCCUGCUUUGAGGGCAUUACUGGCCUCGGGAGCAAAUGUCAAGGCAACCUGCCCGAACGGUAACAAAGCAUUGCAUUAUGCCUUGGGACAAGAUCAAGAAAGCCUGGAGGCCAUGAGAAUUCUUUUGGAACAUGAAGAGGGCCAACAAGAAAGACGGUCUCUGGACACACUCCGCCCUCCCAGGAAGGUCGCGUCGGCUGACUUGGCUGACAGCGAAGCUCUGUCGUCCAGGUUCAUGGAGUACUUUGUGCGAGGCGGCCUUGAUCCCAGUUACGAAUUCUACAAGGGCAAAACCAUGUUGGAGGCGGUAAUGUAUCAUAAUCCCGGACUGUUCCAGACCUUGUUCUCCCUCUGCAAGGACGAGUCACUGAAGCAGCGAUGUUGGUUUGCUUUACGAGGCAAAUGGCCCAGCAGGGAGAGCUGCAUUCAAUAUCUGAAGAUCAUGGUCGCGCAAGGCAUGGAUCCGAACAUCACACCGAAAGGUGGCCGGCCAUUAUACCUGCACUUUUACAGGUACGAUGACUUGCUUCAAGCUCUUGAGCUGGCAGGAGCCAAGGCCAGCGUGGUGGAUGCCAAUGGAAACAAUGUUUUGCAUCUUUUGUGCAAACUUGGCCGGGUGGAACGGUCUCAGCUGGAACACUUUAUUGCGCGUGGUGCCAACCCUCUUGCUACCACUCUGGAGGGAGAUACUUUGCUUCAUCUUGUCGCUAUGUGGUACGGAGGUCAGGGAAACCAGCCUGACCUUGUACAAUGGCUGAUUAGCCUCGGAAUAUCCGCGGAUGCUACCAAUAUCUCUGGACAGACUCCUCUUCAUGUGCAUCUACAGCAUGGGGAAAGUCGACAUCAGGAUGGCCACCUCCUCAUCCACACAGAACUUUUCUUUUUUGACGCGGUGGGUUCGGUCAAUCUGGAAAUUCCUGAUAAGAAUGGCUUCAAUGCUAUUCACUUGGCUUGUACAAAAUCAGAAAGCGACCUGGCCAUACUGCUCGCUGCUGGAGCAAGCUUAUUUUCGCGUACUGCUGAUGGGCAGAAUGCCCUACACCUUGCAUGCCGAGCCAGGAAGGCCGAUGUCGUGAGCCGUGUACUUGGGCUGCUUGGGGAUGAGAGCAGCAACACGGAUGGUGCUUUCAACAUGAUCAACAAACAGGAUAACGGAGGGAGGACCCCCUUACAUUAUGCUUGCGUUAGCGGAGAAGUUGAAACUGUGGAUAUUCUUCUGAGAUCUGGAGCCAACGUCAAUGUGGAAGAUUUGCAUGGUCAUACGCCACUGCAUUUGUGCGCUCAAUUCAGGACAGAACUAGCGCUCUGGGACUUGUCUGGAUACAAAAGAGAUCCUGAUCUUGGUGGUGUCGAUGAUUUCUAUUUCCCAGCCAUGAACAUCAUUGUCAAGAUGCUUUUGGAUGCUGGUGCAGACGCUAAAGGUUGUGCUUCACGCGAGACAGCAACCCCUUUGCAGAUGGCUAUUGACAUAGGUUGUACCGAGUUCAUUGACGCAUUCUAUGCCCAGCAGAACAUGUCGGUCAACUCAGGGAGGACUCUGUCAAACGAUGGCCUCAGCAGGGAAACUGCCAGAGUUGAUGUGGCCUCCCCACUGUUAAAUCAGCGUCUCGACAAAUAUCUGGAUGGAUCAGGGAAGCCUGUGCUCGAAUUGCUUUUGGACAAUCCCAGCCGAUACUUGCAGCUUCUUACACCCGACGAUGCAGCAAGUCUGAUCAACCACGGAUUCAGCAAUAACCGGCAUGAUGGCAGAUAUUACCAGGUGCUCCUGGAGAUGAUGCAAUCUUCCGAACAUCUACUGUUGGCGAGGCAGGUGUCCGGGCUGAUUCAUUAUUACAGCUCUCCUGACAACCUCAGGCUUUAUCUUCAAACGGUGCGAUCCCAGUCAACGACAAAUUCCUGGAUGUGGACCUGGGUGGGACGUUAUUUUGGCACGCGAGCCCUUACCCCUCUACAGAUCAUCUGUGAAGCACAGCGUCCUAGCAUGGUGUUGUUAAGAUACUUGCUGGGAACGCUUCAGGUGGAUGCCAACACACGGUGCAUCAUGGUUGGCCGGAAAAAGGGAGAGUUAAUUUCUGGUGGUACAGCACUUCAUCGACUUGCUGUUGUAGACUUCCGGUGGAAGCUAGAUGCUAUCCGCUACCUGCUCGCCACCGGUGCCGACAUCAAUGCGCUUAACGAGUCUGGCGAGUCACCUCUUCACGUUGCUGCCUGCGGUGGAGUUAAGGAUUAUCAUCGGCACGGGCCAGACCGGUUCAGUGAUAACCGGAGUCUCGACGCUGUCCGAAUCCUUCUCGAUCAUGGAGCCGAUCCUGAUCUCCUGGAUGAAAAGGGCCUUGCCGCGAUCCAUAAGGCAUGCAUGCUCUUUGAUCAAUCAACAAGUCGCGAAAUUAUCCAAGAGCUUCUUUCCAAGGGGGCAAGUGCCCUGGUUGGCGUCAGAAGCCCUCUGUUUGAAGCCAUACGGUACCACAACCUUCCAGCCUUCGAAGUACUGCUGGAGCAUGGACUUGACGUCAAUACGGUCUAUGAUGAAGGACCGAUCAUAUUCCCCCAAAAUGGCAACCCGAUUGAUGAGACAAAGCCUCGACGACGUUGUCUGCUUUGGUUCAUGGCCAUCGUUUCCUGUUGGCCCCUUGCUAGGUCACCUGUAACCUUGUCAAUGGUGCGCAUUAUGGUCGAACAUGGGGCGGAUCUGUACCUCCCUUUAAACGACGAAGAGACGGUGUGUAAUUAUCUCUUCGAGUUCGCAAAACGGGAGAUCGUGGAGGCAUUGUUGCAGGAACCCUGUGUCUCACGGAUUGACUUCAAUCGUCCCGGUCAGUCUGGUCAAACGAUCUUGAUGGCGGCCUGCAGACGAGCUAUCGAAUGGAGGCCUCAUGACUUGAAGGAUGGAUUAAAGCCGGCUUGGCUACCGUUGCAAACCCUGAGAUUGAACUUGGGGAUCAAACCUGAUGCUACCGCUGUCGACAAUGCUGGCCAGACGUCUCUUCAUCAUCUUUUGCAAAAUAAAGCGAGCACGGAGGAUGAGAUUCUUCAUUUUAUGAGGGACGAGGGUGUUGCUUCUACUCUCUUGACCAAGGAUAACGAUGGGUUUUCGCCUCUUCAUUAUGCCCUCAAGCUGCUCCGGCCGAAAGUGUGCGAGUUUCUUUGCGACAAAGGAGCCGACAUUCUCGAACCGGACCCGAGUGGUUCAUUUACUCUUCACCACAUUGCGGCACAGUGUGUUCAGACGGCUCGGUCAUUUGCCGAUCCAACGGAUGGAGCAUGGGACUGGAACCCAAUCCCCCAUUCAACAACCUACUUUGAUGAUUGCCUGGCCCUCUGGAAAAGGUGUCUGAAGGAAGGAGCGUCAAUCAACGCACCCGACCGAGAUGGAAACACACCGUUGCACGUUUUUGUAGUGUCUCCAGACGCAUGGACACCGCAUAAAUACCCAAGGGGUGAGGAUGAGUAUGAUCCUGUGGCGUGCCAUUUGAAGCGGUACAAGCAGCUUUUCCCGCCAGACAGUGGUGUUGAUAUAUGGGCUUCCAAUCGGGAGGGGGAGACGGUCUUGCAUAGGAUUGCUGGUCACUGUGUGGAAAGACGAUCGGAUAGAAUCCUGGCGACACAUUCUGGGAGACCGUCGGAUGUGAAGUAUAUGCCGCAUGAUAAACAGCUUUUUGAAGCGUUUUUGAAGAUGGGGGCGGAUCCAUUGAAGGAGGAUGUGAAGGGGAGGAGUGCGCUGGAUGUGGCGACUGUUUGGGAGAAGAAGUAUAUUUUGGACUUGGUUGCUUUGGAUGGCGGGUCUUAAGGGUUCGUGAGUGGGAUGGUAUCGAGGAAGGUAGGGCUAACCUGAGCAGAUGGAUGGGGUUAUAUUCAAUGAUUACAUCUUAUAUUUACAUGGGCAUGGUCCGUCGCUUUCACAGGGCUCUUUUGUCAUACAAUGUCGCCGCGUUCAACUCAUCCUUCAAAGCAGCCGUCUGAUUGUUUAAAGCGGGCAUGUUUUGUGGACGAAGACGGGUGUUUAAAACGGAUGUGGCAGGAGGUAUUAAAUUUUUUUUAUUAAUCCGAGCUUUUGUUAUCUCUUUUCACCAACAAUCUUAGCUUUUGUUGUAUUCUUUAUGCUUGAAUUAAGAUGCUAGAAGGCUCAGAAUAGAGUAUUAUCCAAACUUAUGCUGUCUAUCUUUAGCUAGGACUGACAGGUUGAAUGAUUCAGAACAAAGGCUAGAAGGAUCGGCAUAGAAUGACAAGUAACUAGC